AUGGCAGGUGGAGGCGAAGGAAGAAACCUAGAGGAAACACCUACUUGGGCCGUGGCCGUUGUUUGCUUUGUUUUGCUCUUGAUAUCUAUCAUCAUCGAGCACAUCUUCCAUCUCAUAGGAAAGUGGUUGAAGAAGAAGCACAAAAAAGCUCUAUACGAGUCACUUGAAAAAAUCAAAUCAGAGCUUAUGUUAUUGGGGUUCAUAUCUUUGCUCCUAACGGUAGGACAAGGUCCAAUAUCAAGGAUAUGUAUAUCAGAAAAGGUUGCAGGGACAUGGCAUCCCUGCAGAAUCAAAAAAGAGCAUGAAGACCAUACGCCAGAGCAUAGAACCAUUGGCCGGAGAUUACUAUCGUCGUUCAUUGGUUCCGACAGCGAAAAUUCCCGGCGUAUUUUGGUGGCGGGAGGAAGUGACAUGUGUGCAGCCCAGGGUAAAGUCCCGUUUGUGUCAUCAGAGGCUAUUCAUCAAAUCCAUAUAUUUAUCUUCGUUCUGGCUGUUUUUCAUGUACUAUACUGCGUACUCACUCUGGCUCUGGGUACAGCUAAGAUGAGAAGGUGGAAACGAUGGGAAGAGGAAACCAAGACAUCUCAUUACCAAUUUUCACAGGAUCCUGAACGGUUCAGAUUUGCUAGGGAGACGUCGUUUGGGAGAAGACACUUGAGUUUCUGGACCCAAAAUCCUGUCCUCAUUUGGAUUGUUUGUUUCUUCAGGCAAUUUGUACGGUCAGUUCCCAAAGUGGAUUACUUGACCUUGAGGCAUGGAUUUAUUACGGCACAUUUGGCGCCUCAAGGUCACCAGAAAUUCGACUUUAGGAAAUAUAUCAAGAGGUCUUUGGAAGAGGACUUCAAAGUCGUUGUAGAAAUCAGUCCUCCAAUCUGGUUCAUCACAGUUUUGUUUCUCCUGUUUAAAACUAAUGGCUGGUACUCUUAUCUGUGGCUGCCAUUUGUUCCUUUGAUUAUCGUCUUACUAAUUGGAACCAAGUUGCAAGUGAUCAUAACCAAGAUGGGUCUUAGAAUUCAACAAGAAGGAGAGGUCGUAAAGGGCGUGCCAGUGGUGCAGCCCGGGGAUGACCUCUUCUGGUUUAACAAUCCUAGACUUAUUCUCUACCUCAUUAAUUUUGUGCUGUUUCAGAAUGCUUUCCAGCUUGCUUUCUUUUCAUGGACUGCGCUUCAAUUUGGGAUGAAAUCCUGUUUCCUUUCGCGUACGGAGGAUGUGGUGAUCAGAGUCUUCAUGGGGGUCUUCGUUCAAAUCCUUUGCAGCUACGUAACUCUUCCUCUUUAUGCUCUCGUUACACAGAUGGGUUCAACGAUGAAGCCAACAAUAUUCGACGAGAGAGUAGCCUUGGCUAUAAGGAAUUGGCAUUGCACCGCAAAGAAGCACGUAAAACGGAGCCGUGGAUCGGGAUCUGGAACUCCGAUGUCAAGUAGGCCUACAACUCCGGCCCAAUCCAUAUCCCCGGCUCACUUACUCCACUAUGGCCCAAUGGACAUCAACCCCACAUCUCCUAUAAGAUCCAACUCCUACGAGACCGAUUCCCCUUCACCCUCCAACUCGCUCCACCACAAAGCCGAAGUCAAUGCUGCUUGUUCUAGUUCAAUUCAUCAGCAUGAAAUGGAAAUGGGCCAGGUUGCCCAUGAUCAAAUACAAGAGGUCAGUGAGCCCAGCUCUAUUCUUGUCCGUUCAGAUCUGACCCAACAUGAGAUUGAUAUUGAGCACAGCAAGGAAUUUUCAUUUGAUGGAAUGGCUACAAAUAAUAUAAAAUGA